GUUCAUUUAUUUGAAUAGUCUUCUCUCUCGUCCCUGCAAAUCAGUUUUCUCUUCUCAUCUCAGUUCUCACACACCGCCGUGUCCGCUGGUUUUUGCACCCCAAAGUGCGGAGUCCGGGAAACGAAGAUGGCCGAUAAUCCCUUCAAUCCUUCGGGAGGGUUUGGGACAUCCUCAUCCCUAUUUGGAGCCAGCAGUGGUUCUUCUCCAUUUUCAUCUUCAUCUGCUACUGGCCCCUUUAGUUUUGCAUCUUCGUCUUCAUCAGCUUCUACUGCUACUACUGUUACAACUCCAUCGUUUUCAGGCUUGUUUUCGUCAAGUUCAGCUUCAAAUUCAGCCACUACAUCGCCUUUCGGUGCUGCUGGGUUCUCUUUCUCAGUUGGUUCGCCAUUUUCUUCAAGCAGCGCUAGUUCGAAUACAACAGCAGCCUCUACUGCAGCAGCUUCUACUUCUUCUAGCACUUCAGGCUUCUCUUUUGCUCCAUCUUCUUCCUUUGGAUUUGGCAAUCCAGCUUCAUCAUCAUCCCCGGCAUCCGUAUUCUCUGAAAAGGUCGGGGCAUCAUCUUCCCCGUUCGGUGCCAGCAGUGGUUCAACUUUAUUUUCAUCUUCACCUGCACCGGCUACUUCAAGUUCUUUUGGUUCUUCGUCUUCAUCUUCAGCGGCAGCCCCAGCCCCAGCCCCAUCUUUUUCAAGCUUCAUAUCUUCGAGCUCAGCUUCAAAUUCUACCACCACUUCACCUUUCUCAUCUUCUACAGGGUUCCCCUUCCUGGGUGGUUCAUCUUUUGGAAAGAGCACUGAAAGUUCGACUACAACAGCAACCUUUACUACAGUACCUUCCUUAACAGCUGCUUCUUCUUCAUCAAGUUCUUCAGGCUUCUCUUUUUCCCUCCCUUCUUCAGCCUCUCAACCUACCUUUGGUUAUGGCAAUGCAGCUUCAUCUUCGUCAUCAUCAUCAGCACCCACAGUCCCUGGGACAUUUGGGACAUCUUCAUCCCCAUUUGGAGCCAGUAGUGGUUCCCCUCUAUUUUCAUCUUCACAAGCACCGGCUACCACUACUACCACUACUGCUGCUAUGAGCUCUUUUGGUUCUUUAUGUUCACCUUCUACUGCUACAGCUACUACUCCAUCUUUUCCAAGCUUAUCAUCAUCGAGCACAGCUUCUUCUACGGGAUUCUCUUUUGGGGGUAGUUCACCAUUUUUGAAGAGCACUGCUAGUUCAACACCAACAUCCACCUAUACUACAGCACCUUCUUUAGCAGCUGCUUCUUCAUCAAGCUCUUCAAGCUUCUCAUUUGCCUCGCCUUCAGCUUCUCAACCUGCAUAUGGAUUUGGCAAUGCAGCUUCAUCAUCAACACCUGCACCCACAUUGUCUGGCUCUGCUGUGUCAAAACCCACUUCCUUGUCUUUUGGAACAUCAUCAGCACCAUUGUUUUCGACUGUUACUACCACAACUGCUUCUACCCCUGCAGCUAGUACUACCACUGCUUCAACUCCAGCAUUCCCGGCCUUUAACUUAAGUUCUUCGUCUUCUUCUGCUACAGCUUCAUCAGCUGCACCUGCUAGUUCAGCUGCUACAUCAGCUGCUGUGAGUUCUUUGACUGGAUUUGGUGUGACAAAUGUAGCCGCUACAUCUGGGAGUUCUGGUUCUUUCUCUGGCUUUUCUUUAUCAACAAAACCAUCCACUCCUGCUUCGUCCUCACAAGCACAAGCCAUUGCCACUGCUCCUGUAUUCAGUCUCACUGCUUCUGGUUCUUCUGCUUCAACAACUUCAACUUCCAUUAGUACUUCUGCCCAAACAUCAUCGGCACUUGUUGUAGCUUCAAGUAGUGGGACAAGUUCAAGUGCUACUGCUGCAGUAUCUACCACCCCAAAAUUACCUUCGGAGAUAACCGGAAAGACAGUGGAGGAGAUCAUCAAGGAAUGGAAUGCUGAACUGCAAGAACGCACUGGAAAAUUUCGAAAGCAGGCUAGUGCAAUUGCUGAGUGGGAUAGGCGAAUCUUGCAGAAUCGUGAUGUUCUUCUUAGGCUUGAGAUUGAAGUGGCAAAAGUGGUUGAGACCCAAGCUAGCUUGGAGCGACAACUGGAGUUAAUUGAGACUCACCAACAAGAGGUUGAUAAGGCUUUGCAAAGUAUGGAAGAAGAAGCAGAACGAAUUUAUAAAGAUGAGCGUGGAUUGCUUCUUGAUGAUGAAGCUGCGUCAACAAGAGAUGCAAUGUAUGAGCAGGCAGAAAAUGUGGAGAGGGAGCUGGAGCAUAUGACGGAACAGAUCAAGUCGAUUAUUGAGACAGUAAACUCUAGUCAGGGUGGGGAACUCGAGGCACUUGACGGAAUGACUCCCCUAGAUGUGGUGGUCAAGAUCUUGAAUAAUCAACUAACUUCUUUAAUGUGGAUCGAUGAGAAGGCUGAGGAAUUCUCUGGUCGUAUUCGGAAGCUUGCAGCCCAGGGUAAUGCUGCAGAUGGAGAAUUAAUUGCUGCUCCAAAAUAUUGGAUGUCCUGACCCUUCCAGGAGUUGCUGUUGUUGAGUUUAGUAACUACAGAGGGAGUAUGGUUAAUUUUUCCAAAUUAUUUUGGCAUCAGAUGGAUUAUGUAUAAGACCUGACUUUCAGACUUGGUCUAACUGAUUGUUUCAUUAAGAAAAAUUGAGGUUUCAAGGCCUGUA